AUGGCGAGCGUGGUGUCGCUCGCGGGUACGCUGGGGCUGCUACUUGUGUCUGCGCUGCCCGAGGUGCUCGGAGACCGCCGCAGCCCCGACCGCCGGGCACACCCAGGCGACGCCGCCCAGGUCGGCCCUGGGGCCGCGGAACCCGGGCGGCACUCGCCGCCGUCCAAGAACCAGCGCGAGCGGGCUCGGUCCGGGUCGCUGCCCUUGGGGGCGCUGUACACCGCGGCCGCCGUGGCUUUUGUGCUGUACAAGUGUUUGCAGCAGGGGAAAGAUGAGGCUGCUGCUCUCCAAGAGGAGGCAGGCAAGAAGGAUUCACUGCAGUCAGAGCAACAGCUGGCCCAGCUGACACAACAGCUUGUCCAGACAGAGCAACACCUGAACAGUCUGAUGGCCCAGCUGGACCCCCUUUUUGAGCGCGCGACUGCCCUGGCUGGGGCCCAGCAGCAGCUUCUGCGCGUGAAGCUACAGACUGUCCGCCAGCUGUUACAAGACAGCAAAACGAGCAAGGGCGCGGAGGCUCCAGGACCAGAGGCCAGCAUACCCUUUCCCGAGGACUUCUGUAUAGAGGAGGGUGAGGAAGAGGCUGGUGACAGUCAGGCCUGGGAGGAGCCCCUAAAUUGGAACACAGGGACAAGGAACUUAGCUCCUCCCAGGGAAAUGGAGCCCACGCUGAGGAGAAGAUGCAGGAAGUCUGCAGCACAGGGCCGCAGUCACAGCCCCCAUUGGAAAGAAGGAAAAACAGUGGAUGGUUUAGUAAAACAGAGUCUGUUCCUGUGA